CCGGCCAUUGAGCAACUAGUAAUACUUCGGUGCAGGCCUUCAGUCAGAAUCAGGUAGUACAGUGCGUGCUCUAUAGUGCGACGGUACAUUAGGUCUUAUUAAAACUAAACAAUGCCAUAUGCUAAUCAGCCGACGGUGAAAAUCACGGAACUGACAGAUGAAAAUGUAAAGUUCGUCAUAGAGAACACAGAUUUGGCGGUCGCUAAUUCCAUCCGCCGUGUGUUUAUGUCAGAGGUUCCAACAAUUGCCAUUGACUGGAUCCAGAUUGAUGCAAAUUCCUCAGUACUGCACGAUGAAUUCAUUGCCCAUAGAGUUGGUCUCAUUCCUCUCACAAGUGAUGACAUUGUGGACAAAAUGCAGUAUUCCAGGGACUGUACCUGUGAUGAUUUCUGUCCAGAAUGUUCUGUGGAAUUGACUUUGGAUGUUCGAUGCACUGAAGACCAGACACGUCACGUCACCUCGCGAGACCUUUUGUCCAACAACCCCAGAGUCAUCCCAGUGACUUCCAGGAGUCGAGACAAUGACCCCAAUGACUAUGUUGAACAAGAUGACAUUUUGCUCGUGAAGCUUCGUAAAGGUCAGGAACUGCGGCUCAGGGCGUAUGCCAAGAAAGGAUUUGGGAAGGAGCACGCCAAGUGGAACCCGACAGCUGGGGUGUCAUUUGAAUACGACCCAGACAAUGCACUGAGGCACACAGUUUAUCCACGACCUGAGGAAUGGCCAAAGAGUGAGUACUCAGAGAUUGAGGAGGAUGAAAUUCAGGCUCCCUAUGACCCCAAUGGCAAACCAGAAAGGUUCUACUACAAUGUGGAGUCCUGUGGUUCUCUGCGACCAGAAACAAUUGUGAUGUCAGCACUGGCUGUCCUGAAGAAGAAACUCAGUGACCUACAGACCCAACUGAGCCACGAAAUCCAGAGCGAUGUGCUCACUAUCAACUGAGGAUGUCGCAUUAGCACAUUAGGACUCACCUGCAUAUGGCUUUGUUAUGAUAGCAGGGCUGGGUUUAGAAUUACCAUCUGCAUAUUGCUUAUCUUACAGUAGUUUAAAACCAAGCUAUAUGUGCUAAGUCAAGGUCAGUGUGUAGAAGAACGGUGCGUCCCAGAAUGAUACAAAUGUAGAUUUGCUGCUUUCUGUGUAAACUUACUUUGUUUAUUUUACUUUUUAUAUAAAUUUUUAUUAAACAUAUUUGGCUCUGAA